AUGGACGUCUGUGAUUACACCGUGGAAACGUACACCGUCAAAACCUGCUUCAUCUUCAGACAUCCCAAGAAGAAUACCCUUAGAAAUCCUUUUCUCAAACCUUUUACUCAAAGUGUCUGGUUGUUGUCCUUGAAUGUUGGCAUAGUUUGCUGGAUUAUGUUGAUAGUAGUCCUUAAAGUAGAAGAUCAUUACAACUCGGACGAAACGCGUAAAGUUCACGUCAACCCAUCCUCGGAAACGGCACUCAUUACCAUAGCCGCGGUAUCCCAGCAAGGUACCAGCAACGAGCUGCAGCUGUACUCCGGACGCAUUAUUUUCCUUACUCUCUUUCUCUGGGCUCUGGUGAUGUUCCAGUUCUACUCUGCUGACAUAGUCGGCUCAUUGAUCGCUGCACCUCCCAGAUACAUAGUUACCCUGAGAGAUUUGGUUGACAGCGAUUUACACUUGGCGGCUGAAGACAUCCCUUACACUCGUGACUAUUUCAGGUUAACCAAAGAUCCUUCGAGCGUCUACCUAUGGGAAAAAAAACUCAAGCCUUCGAGAAAGAAGAAAACUUUUGUCAACUCCCGCGAUGGUCUGCACCAAGUGAGUCUCGGUGGCUACGGAUUUUUCAUCGAUACCGCAACUGCUUACAAAACCAUAGAGGAUACUUUCACCCAAGCUCAAAUCUGCGACUUGUCGGAGAUCCCAGUGAUCCCCCCGCAGUACGUGACUCUGGUCACAGCGAAAAACUCGCCCUUUAGAAAAAUGAUAACAUACGGGUAA